AUGAGGCUAGGAUACGAUCGAGACGUUGGCGAUGGCCAUCCCCGCCUCGUGCGUCGCAGGCCCCUCCGCCCCGAGUCUCGCGAUUGGUAUGGGCCUGCUGACGUCGUGGACUACCCGAUGCCCCAUCGGACACGUAUCGAGGAGAUACAAAGGCCCAGCAGACGGACGCCCAGGGGCUAUGCGAAGAGCUCCAGGAGCUUGGAUGCGUACCCGCCAACCAUGAUGCCGCCACCGCACUUGACACGGGCUUCAACAGAUGCUUAUAAGCGACGCCCUCAGCUUGCCGUCUAUGAAGCAGAAGACGAUGACGAUGAAUCCGACGAACGAUGGCCGCCCAUGAAGCCCCGGGGCCGCUAUGCCGAACGGGCCCGACCCCGCCAGCCGCUCCGAAAACCGAGAGAGCCGACCCCGGAGUCGACACCUCCAUCGGAGAGUGAAGAGAGUGAUAGCGAGGAGGAAGACGACGACGAUGACGAUGAUAGCGAUGAUAGCAAUCAAAUAGAAGUGGUGGUUGAAGAGGCGGAUGACGACGACGAUGAUGACGAUGAUGAAGAAGAGGAGGAAGAUCAUAGACCACGCCCGAAACACCGACACCAUCGACACCACCGACAAGUGAGCCGUGAAGAAUAUGUUACAUCCUCGGAUGAGAAAAGAAGACCAAGGCGGCAGAGAGUGCCCUCAUCAUCCACCUCUGACGAGAUAGAAGUAACCUAUGCUCGUCGUCAAGCCUCCUCCGAAAGAGGCUCCCCCGAUCGGAGACCUUCUCUGAGACGUGAGGUCAGCGAUAUGCCCAGGCAUAGCUUCCCGGCGAGGUACACAAGUGUAAUUGGGACCACUCGGCCGCCUGUGUCGUCCAGGAGGACAACAAAGGUUUACGAAUCACGAGAGCUAGUUCGCGAAAGUCGCCCUCGCCGGGCUGGUCCUAUUCAGGUCAUCAGGGAAUCUAGGUCGUCUUCACGACGCCCUCCGAGCCUGGUGGGCAGCAUGUUUGGAGACUCAUCCCGGAAUACAUCUCCAGACCGGCCUGCUAAACUCCGUGAUUGUAAAGGAUGCCUAGACGAAGUUCCUGUAUCGAGGUGUCCCAAACUUGACUGCGGUCACCGCAUGUGCCACAACUGCCUCAGGCGACGGUUCAAGCAGUCCAUGACAGAUCCUUCGCAGAUGCCCCCGAGCUGCUGCCACCCUGAGCCCAUUGGCCUAGAAUAUGUCGACACGCUUUUCAAUCCAGAGUUCAAGAAGAUGUGGAACAAGAAGUAUGUGGAAUACUCGAUUGGAAACCGACUUUAUUGCCCCUCCAGGCGAUGCGGAGAAUGGAUUCGCCCGGCAAAUAUCUAUACCGACCGUGACACGGGACGCAAGGCUGCCCGUUGCGACCAUUGCAACACCAAGGUCUGUGUUGCUUGCAAUGGCCGGUGGCAUUUCUCUAGCAAGUGCCCUAGGGACGACGAAACGGCGAGGUUCCUCGAUUACGCUAGAGACGAAGGACAGAGGAGAUGCCAUAAGUGUGGCGCUCAUGCUGAGAAUAGCCGAUGCGGUGCCAACUUCUGUAUUGUAUGCGGACAAAAGCCCAAGAGAUGCGAAUGUCCUUGGUUCCGUCCCGACAACCCAGAUUCUGAUCAGGUUGAUGAUACGGAUGGCCCUACCCUCGUACGCCGAGGUGAUAUCCGAGUCUUCCGCGAGGAGGCUCCAGCGCCGCCAGAGGAGAGGCGAGUCUCUCGACGAGCACGAGGAUCUACCAAGCCUCGAUCACGAAUAUAUGAUGAAGAAGCUCUCAUGCGGAAGCAACAAGAGCAACAAGAGGAUGAGUUAGCCCGUCGGUCGCAGUACUACAGCAAGGAGGAUGAGUAUGAGGCCAUGGGAGACAUCCCAGAGGAGGUUGGCGUUGAAAACCCACCACCGGGGCACUUGAUGGACAAGUACCGUGGCACCGGCCGUAGAGUAGUUGGUGCUCCGCCUUCCCCGAACCGGCCAGGGUAUGACAGGAACCCUCCUCCUGGAGAGUACUACUCCGGUAGUGACCAUAUGAGAGGGCCACCGAUGGAUAGACGACUGGCAGAUCGAUUCGCGGAACCCCGAUAUGGUCCAAUGCCCCCGAUGGAGCCCCCGGUUGGAAUGAUGCCGCCGGGCUUGAUGCCACCACCGAUCGGAAUGCCGCCUCCGAUCCGUGAGAGUGUGUACGGCGGAGGCAUGGGACCUGACCGGGUUAUCGUGGAGCGAGAUCCAAACUACGACGAUAACGACUCGUACUACAGCCACAGCUCCCGCAGCCGCAAAAGCGGGCGGCGCAGCGAAACACCCAAAUCCUCCGAGCUGGCCGGACUAAGCGGGCGCGGCACGGGCAUGGGUCGAGUAGAUGUGUGGAGGAAGUUUGUCGAACCCGGAGAUCCCGAAGGGGAUCUGACUAUUGCAGCCGCGUCAGCCUUGUUGAGAAUAAGCCCAACAAAGAGAUGCAGGAUCGGAGCAGCCCGCGACUCCUGCCCAGGCUCUCCAUGCCCGCGGUACCGCGGAUUCUCUAGGUUGUAUCGCGUGCUGUGGCUUCAGUGGUCUCCAGCGGCCCGCGUGAUCAGUCCAGGACUCCUCAUGGCCUGGAAGCCCCUAAAUCGAAAAAGAUGUCACUGGGGCCCCCGCCAUGAUCGAGGGUUCAUGUGUCGCACCGCCGUCACGAUGCUCCUCCUCCACCAGGUCGGCAGCCUCAAGACGGGCGAGGUUGUCCGCUAUACAGUGACAUAUACCCCAUCCCAGGAUCGAAUCCUACCGUCCCCCGAGAAGCUCUACCUGCGCGUGCGCAAUACUUCGGCCAUUGCCCUCCGCGCCGCCUUCGUCCACGGACCCUAUACCCUCUCCGUCGCCGCCUACCCCGCCGGCUUCAACCCCAACGAGAAGUUUGAACACCCCGAGGUCUAUGGAGUUCCCGAGUUUGAGCCUAUGGUCAAGGCUGGUGGCUCGUGGGAGUGCGAGCUGAUGGUCCCUGAGAAUAUUCGACAGAGCGCUGGUCUUGGAAGUCAUGGGGGCUUUGGCAAGGGCCCCGCUCACGACGAUGAGUGCGCCAGCUGGGUUAUUGAGGUGUCGUCGCAGGUCCUCUUCUCGACUUCGGCAGCUGUGGGCUUUGAGGUGGUGCUUGCGCGGGACUACAAGUCCCUGAACCUCAGCAGCUCAAGCCCCGUUGUUAGCGGGCAGACACAAGCGGCGCAACCAGGGAAGAUUAGCGACCACCAGCAGAGCCCAGGCUCCAAGGACGGACAUCACCCUGCGCAACAGCGCGGUAUCUUCUCUCGCGCGAUACGGGUCAAGGUGGAGGAUACGGCGAGUCUGUGGAAUACUCCUAAACUCCCAGAGUGGGAAGAUCAUAAGCAUGAACACUUGCAUGAACACUUACAGAAACUCCACAGCCAAGAGAAGCCCGCUGAGGGCGAGGUCAAGACAGGCGAACCACCUCCAACAGAAAAACCAAAGCAAAAGAAGAUUCACAUGGUGAUUCUAACACACGGCCUGCACAGCAACCUUGGCGCCGAUAUGCUCUUUAUGAAGGAGAGCAUUGACGCAGCUGUCAGGCAAGCCAAGAUCGAUGCCAAGGCGCGGCGGGCCCGGGAGCGAGCUGUCAGAGGCCGAAAUGGGGAAACAGGCGCCGAAUCAGAAUGCGCCGAUACAAAAGACAUGGACAAGACGGAGGGCGAUGAGGAUUCCGACGACGACGAAGAAGUGAUUGUGCGUGGAUACUCGGGCAACGCCACCAAGACUGAGCGCGGGAUCAAGUAUCUCGGGAAGAGGCUUGCUAGAUAUGUUCUCUCGAUGACAUUCCCAGAUCAGCCCUUCCUACCGUCAGGAAAGGGGGCGACCGACACCAUGGUCCAUACCAUCAAGGGGGACAAGGACGAGUCUGAUCUAAAACCAGCACAUAAACACAGCACAAUCCAACUCGACAAGGAGGGGGCGCACCUUCACAAGGCAGAGAGGCCUUACAAAGUCACCAGCAUCAGCUUUAUUUCACACUCCCUAGGUGGACUUGUACAAACCUACGCCAUCGCAUACAUACAGAAGCACUCACCUCAAUUCUUCGAUCUCAUCAAGCCUAUUAACUUUAUCGCCCUGGCUACACCCUUUUUAGGACUCAGCAACGAGAACCCUCUGUACGUCAAGUUUGCUCUUGACUUUGGCCUUGUGGGCAGGACGGGCAAGGACCUCGGCCUGACAUGGCGAGCGCCGACUCUCGCGCGGAGUGGAUGGGGUGCCAUCGUGGGCAACUUGGGAGAGACGGCCCAUAAGAAGGUCUAUGGAGAGUCGCAGCCCGAGUCGAAGCCCCUCUUGAGAAUUCUACCGACUGGCCCUGCUCACACGGCGCUGAAGAAGUUUCGCAAUCGGACUGUCUACUCGAAUGUGGUCAACGAUGGCAUCGUGCCCCUUCGCACGAGUUGCCUCUUGUUCUUGGACUGGCAAGGACUCGGACGAGUUGAAAAAGCUCGGCGAGAUGCUGGCUUGGUUGAGACGGUUGUUGGAUUUGGAUGGGCCGAGUUGACAGGCUCCAACCUUGCAGUCUCUCGCCAGAGGCAAUUGGCGUUGGGAGAUCGUCAAGCUGACUCGGGGUCAACGACACCUCGUGAAACUCAUGAGAACAUGCACGAGGUUCCACAACCGCCCAGCACGGCCAUGAUGGAGGAUGACAGAGCGAGUCUACGGUCUGUGCCUACACCUUUCGACGAUGCCCCGUCCGACUCGGCCGAUUCAAACGGUAGCGGACCUCUAGCAGGAUUCUUCAACUUCUUCAAGAGCAAUGAACCGCCCAAGCCUCCUACCGUAUCUCAAAAACAGAAAAAGAUCCUUCGACGAAGUCAAACGAUCAACUUUGACGAGCUCGGGGACACAUCUGCUAGCGAUUCAACCCCGAAACCAUCGAGGGUAACAUCUGGACACGAGGGCGAGGAGGGCAUGACAGCUCCGCCGAGGACGACCAUCUUUGAGUCUGCUGGGGACCUUCUCAACCCCAAGAUGCCAGAUACCGAGUACCUCAUUGACCCUUCCAAGCGGCCGCGCACCAUCUUCCAUGACCGUGUCUAUCACCCCUCUGACAUCCCUGGGCCACCACUAAAGAAACGCCCAGCGACACUGGUGAGGAGAAAGACUGGCCAGCGCUCAAACUCAUCGAGGACGGGGUCAAUAAGCAGCACCGGCUCAUCCCCUUAUACCUCGAUGAACCAUGAGGAUACGAUGCAGUCAGCUAAGGACUAUGACGACACGGCAAACACAAACCCCGACAAGGAGCCUCAGGAAAUCAUUGAUACCUCGGCCAUGCGCGUGGAGGAAAAGAUUGCCAGGGCUUACCACAGAGAUUUGUCUUGGCGAAAGGUCCUUGUCAAGGUGGAACCUGACGCGCACAACAAUGUCUUUGUGCGACGCAUGUUUGCCAAUGCAUACGGCUGGCCUGUCGUCAAGCACAUGGUUGACGCGCACUUUAGUGACUCUGCUGCGUCACGCCUCCGCGAUGAAGACGAGAGCAGUCGAGAAAGGGCACGAGACAUGAACCAGCCCCCGGAUGAGCACGGAGGUGAGAUCAAGAACAGCCGAGAUAAUCUUGCGGGCAUCACCCGGACGGCGAGCGAGAACCGGGAGGCCCUCGAUGAGGUGCCAGACUUGCCCAAGGCACCACACUCGCGAGACAGCGACGCUUCAGCGGCCCAACGACCAUCCCGACCGGAUCGAGACGACUCGACCACGACCACAUGGAGUGAGCGGGACUGGGUCGACAGCGAGUGUGAUAGUGAUCUGGACUUUGGAGGAGACGCGCGUGAUCUGCCGCCUCCAUCGCCGGUUCAGCAGGACAAGGGCAAGGAGGCGCAGAGGCGGAGCUCAAGCCCACUAUCAGCCGGGUGGAACUGGGCGGAGAAGAUUGUGGGCAAGGGGGCGACAUCACGGGCAAAGAGUCCCGUGCAUGAGAGCGGGCGGAGCUGA